AUAUCAAGUCCAAUCUCAGCACCUUCAGGAGAUGCUCAAUACGAUCUUUUUUUUCUAUUAGGAAAAUUAGAAAUUAGCAACCAGCAAAAAUGAGAAAUGGUUCAGUAAAAGUCCCUCUUCCUGGUGCAGAUGACAGGGAUUGUGUGUUUAAGAGCAGAGGAAUGACACGGUGAGGAAAUCCUGAGGCAACAGUGUGCUGAGCAAAGGUCAUUCUGCACGCACAAAAGGGCCAAAACCCAGAUCCAGGGCUGCAUUAUUUCCAGAUAAUUCAGGAAAGAAUGGGGGCUUGGUCCUGGGCUAAUUCAUGAAUUUUCUUAUGACUUGUAUUAUUAUAAGUGGCUUAGAUGCCAGGGGGAAAGGAAUAAGGAAUUCCUUUUCUUCCUUUUCUUUUUCUUUCUUUCUUUCCUUUCUUCCUUUCUCUCUUUCUUUUUUAAUUUAUCAUUGGCCAGGCACUGCACCAAGCACUUACCAAGCAUGAAUCAACUUAAUUCCCACAACGGCUCCGUGAAGUAGGUACCAUUAUCCCCAUUCCAAAGAUGGGCUUACCUCAAGGUAGGUAGAUGACUUUGGAAGCUCCUCCAACUAAAAGGAGAAGGAGCAGGAUUUGAACCCAAGUCUCUCUACUCCUUGCUCUAGACUUGUGGCACUUUUUACAAGUUUAAAAGGAGUUUUAAAAUGGGCAGCCUCUACCCUUCACUAUGGACAAGAGCUCCACGCUCAGAUUGUGUAGAAGCUGUGCUUGAAAAGGAAAAUACAUUUUUCCCCAAUGUUCUACUCCUAAUGACCAAACAGCUCCCCACUGCCUAAGGUUGGCUUAUUUUCCUAUGAGAAAGAUUUAAUUAAAAGCCUCUUUCUUUAAGAGCAUUGCCUCCCUGAGCCCCUCUGCUCCGCAGGGACCAGCCUUGAGCUUUAUAUGGCAGUGAGUUUACUCUGCUUUCCCCUCCAAACCAGGGAAGACGUCCUCCCUGCUGUCAACUCACUUUUCUAGUGUAAAGGAAAGCCACCUUGCCUUCUUUAUUCCCUGUCUUAUUUAGAGAAGUUCUCUAGCACUAGAGCUGUAGAGUUAGUAUAAGCCACACAAACAACAACGUAUUGCUUCAAUUACUGUUUACUGUGUGUUUUGGGGUCUCCUUGAUAAUUGCAGGUUGGAGUACACUUGGCUGGGUUGCCCUUAUUAAACUGUGAAGGUCGCUUCUCUGCCGGAAUCUGUAGCCUGCGAGCCCUCCCUUCUCUUCCACAAAUGUGUCUCUUCCAGAGCUUUUUGCAAUUAUGGCUCAUUUCUCUAGGUUUCAUGCGGCAGGCGUCUGAACAGAAUUAAAAGCAUAAGCACGUGCAAAAAUAAUCCGUUUCCCAAGAUAGUAAAUGCUGAGAAGCUCUAUAUUAGAACACACUGUGAGUGCUGACUGGCUAGUGCAUGAUUAACCUAAUAGGCUUAAAGUUCCACUUGCCAUCCACAUCUGUCAGGACUCGAGCAGAACGCAGGCGCGUAGUGCACGAGACUGAGGUCCUUUAGAAUUGCCCCAUUGCUCCCUCACAGCGGAGGGUUCGAGACAUAGAGCAACAAGACCACAAGCACCACUGUCUCUACACCGUGGGGCCAAGGAAGUAAAGAAAGCUGGUUCCGAGGACCCGGCGCCAUGGACUUCAGAGCAUUCUGGCCUGGAAAUUGCCUGGACCGACUGGUAAGGCUGCCUUUGGUUCCUAUUUCAAGGAUGAUUCUCUGAAAAUUGUGAAGACUAUGGGUGGGAGAUAACUACAAGCUGGCAUCAUGGGGUGUACACCUUCCCACAAUGACGUUGUUAAUAGCGUUGCUAAGAGUGGCAUCCAGUUUUUUAAAAAGCCCAAAGCAAUUUUGCCGGGACGUCAAGGGGGCGGUGGAAGAUGCUCUAUCCCUUUGCUACUUCCAAACUCCACCUGCUAUGACUCUGGGGGAGACCCGACCCAGGGACAGAGGCUGACAGAGGAGCAGCCGAGGGCCAGGUGGACCCAAAGCCCAGCUGAAGGUCUCUAUCAGCUCACAAGAGAUCCCAUUGCAGGCAAAGGGAAAGAUAUGGAAGGACUGCCCCCAGAAACCAGAAUCUCCGCAUCCCAGCUGGACAAAUCACAAAGCCACAUGGCUCGGGACCUUCCAUCCAAGACACAGAGCUCCCACGGGUCACAGGGGACAGUCUCUUCUGGGGAAGAGAGUGAAGAAAGGAAUACCCAGCAAAGGAAGCUGAGAUGCCACACGUGUGGCCAACAGGGCCAUUGCUGCCAGACCAUCCUUCCUGCUCAUGAGCCUGAAGGCAAAGUGGAUUUCCCUGAGCCCCUGGUGAAGGCCCACCAGCACGCCUACACCUACCUCCACACCUGCAUCUCCAAAUAUGAAGCAAUCCUGUCCAUCACCCAUCAGGCCACCCAGACCCAAGAGCUGCUGCAGCCCAUGGUCAGCUUCCUGCUGCUAUGCUUUGAUGAGGUCAACCGGCUCUUGGGGGAGAUCUCCAAGGAGGGAGAAAUGCUCCUCCAGGAAGUUCGGGAUGAUCUGGCUUGGCCGUUGAGGAAAGGAGAGCCUCAGGACCAGCCAGAUCUCCUGCAACAGCUUCUGCAGUACACAGUCAGCAAGCUGCUGGUGCUCAGUGGCACGGUGGCCUCGAUCACUGGCCGCUUCCUGGAGGGCUCCAGCAGUUACCACCAUGACACUGCGAGCCACUUGGGAAAGAAGCUGAGCACAAAGAGGGGUGUGGAUGAAUGCCUCCUGCGGGCUCUGGGGCAACUGGAGAACUUGGCGAGCGGCCACGGGGACCCUGGGAUGCAGGGUGCGCCCUUGUGCUCUGAGGACAGUGGCAUUGGUGGGGACAACGACUCUGUGCAGCUGGUGGACAAGCUGGGCAAGCAAGCCAGCUGGGACUCGGUGUCGGAGCCCGCAGAACGGAAGCUGGUGCUUUCAUCCACGGUGGAAGCCAGGCUGUCAGGACAGGCCUGGCAGCAAAGUCCUUUCCAGAUGGGUUCAGACACACCCCAGGACUGCCCCCUCUGGAGGCCUCCGUCGGCGAAGGUUCGGCCCGCGGCACAGGGUGGUGCAGGGGGCCCUUGCCCCUCGAGCACAGGCCCAGAAACUACGACCGCCAGGCCUUUGGGGAUGGGCAAAAGCACUCGGUGUGAUUCCCUUGGGAUUGGGAUCUCCACAGAAGCACAUUUUCCUAAAGGCUCCCGCUUGGUGGACACUCCUUCCGUCACUGAAGGGGAGGACAGUAGCCCAGAGGAGGAGGAGGACCAGGUGAGUGGCAUGAGUCUGGGUCCACAGCAGGAAAGCUCUUUCCCUCCAAGGCCGCGCUCUUCACCUGGUGGCCCGGAAGGCCUAUUUCAGCCACACCCCAGGAAGCUCAGGAAGCCCCAAGCCCAGGAAAUGAUUCUGAAGAUGAAGGAAGCAAUCAGCGAAAGGAUCAAGUUUGUCCCUGUGCCUUCUGGGCCCCAGGACUGGGCCGAGGAGGACGAGAGGAGGACAGCGGUGCCCCCGAGACCCAGCACAGCCAGCGGCAGCAGCAGGGCCCCUCUGAGGCAGAGGAGGUCCCAGUCAGAGGGGUGUCUGAAGAGCCAAGUGGAGGACUCCACCCUCCAGGAGCUGCAGAGGGUCCAGAGAGACCUGAGCCGGAGGCUGGAGGCAUUUUACGCCCUGGGUGCGCGACAGCAGGGGCAGAGCCCGGAGCAGGUUGCGCAGCCCCGCGCCGUGGCUCGGAGGUCCGACACCUGCGGGAGCGCGCCGAGCAUCACCAGCAGCAAGCUGAAGGCAUCCCUCACCAAGACCUUCGUCAUUUUACCGAGUCAGGACAAGAGCAUCGUGCAGAAAUGCAGUCCCCGCCCUGAGAGCGAACAGCCCCGGCAGGGGGAGCCUAAGGGGCUGCCAGUCGUCAUCCCAUCGGGUGAGAAGACCAGUGAGGCUCGGGGGGCCGAGGACUGGAAUGUCAGGGGCUGUCCCACCAGAACAUCGGUCAAGAAACUCAUUGAAACUUUUAGUCCCACUGAGAGUCUGAGGACCCUGGGAGAUUCCAAGGACGCCAGGCCAAGCCCCUGCCUCAGGAAGUGGGGGGUCCCCCUCAUGCCCCCCAGAUUUCCCAUUUAUAGGGGGCUUGCCCCUUUGUAUCCAAAGCCCCGAAUUUCUCCAGCAGCGAGUGGAGAAUCUCUCAAGCUGGGCCCAGCCUGGAGGCCCUUAGCUCCUAUUUCCCCCCCUCUGCUGACAGCAGGAGCGUCCAAGAGGGAGGACCUCAAUUUCAACUAUGAAACAGAAGAGGACCCAGAGCAUCUGCCUCCACCGCCUCUGGAAAUCCUGAUGGACAAAUCGUUCACCUCUCUGGAGCCCCCAGAGAGCAGCAAGCCAGCAGGAAGCUCCUCCAACGGGACCCAUGCACCAGGGCCGGGAGGGGCUGACCCUGCCCUGAGAACGUGGGCUUCCCCAAAGCUCAGAGCCUCCAUGAGCCCCACUGACCUGCUACCCAGCAAGAGCACGACUGCCCCCACCAGGCCCCACAGCACAGGGCCAGGGGGCAGCAAGAGUGGCUGCAGUACCAGAAAGCUCACCUUGGACCUGAGCCACCCACCAGCAACCAGCGGAAACCCAGAGGUGGAGGGCAGAGGGGCUCAGAGUCAGGCACCCGCAGACAGGGCCACCAGCCUGUCCAAGCAUCCCCAGAAGGCCAUCCCCUGGCACCCGUCCAGCCACACAUCUGGGCCGAACAGCACCUUGGAACCCAGCCUGGCCAGGCCGACACGAGGGCCACAUUCUCCCGAGGCCCCCAGGCAGAGCCAGGAGAGAAGCCCCUCGCUGGUCAGGAAGGCCUCUGCCGCAAGGGGACACUGGACAGCCCGAGCGGACAGGAGGCAGCUCCCCUCUCACAGAUCUGCCCAGCCAAGCGUCCCCUCCGUGCACGGCUCCCCCAGCCCACCCAUCAGCCCUCCGGUAAGCCCCACGGUGCUCAGCCCCCCAGGGACGAAGGAAGGAGCCUCCCCCCCACCCUGGCACAAGCCGCCCAGCACUCCCCCCGCGAGCCCACCCGCACAGCACAAGGCCUCCAGCCCCCCUACCCGGCACACAGAAGCGAGUUCCCCUUCCUCUGGCCCCUCCCCGUCCCCCCCAGUGUCCCCUGCUCAGGGGCCCCAGCAAACAGGAGACCCUGAGGACAGUCGGGCAGCCACAGCUAAGGCAUGCGGGAACACGUGCUCCAUAUUCUGCCCGGCCACCUCCUCUCUGUUUGAAGCUGCCCCGCCCCCCUCAGCAGCCCACCCACGCACCCCAGCCUCGCUGGCCCCUGAAGCCGGCGGCCCUCGGGGGACCCCCGCAGGAGGCUGGAGGAGCUCGGGGCCACGGCUGAGGGCGGGCUCCCAGCGGGGCCCGGCUCUGUGUGCCCUCAACCCUCAGCCUUUCAUCAGAAGGACGGCUUCUGACCGCCGGCCGAGUAUCCGCCUCGGGCUGCCUGUCCCCGGUGCCACCUGCGACGCUUGGGAAUCUGCACUCAGCAGGAGCAGCAGCAGUGAGGAGAGCCCCAAGAAGGACACAGAGCCAUGGAACAGCCCCUGUGCCCCAGAACUGAGGGGCGGUGGCAGGGCUGCCUCUCCCCCAGAACUCUGCGUGUUGGGCCACAGGCUGCAACGGGAGGCCAGAACCAGCCGUGCCCAGGACAAGCCUCAACAGAAGGAAGUAGCCUGACAGGCCAACCAACAGGGUCACACGGAUGCCAGUCACCCCAGAAGGCGAUGGGUGACAGCCAAGCACCAGACUGUCCCAUAGAGGGUGGGUCAACCAAACUCCUACUCCUAGAAAGAUCCGGAAGGUGCACUGCCCCGAGAGUCUGCUAAAUUCUAAACCUUUGCCAUUUUCAGCC